UCCUCACUUCAAUCAUCGACUUAUCAUUCCUGGCUCUGACAUUGGGCUCCAGUUGGCUCAGCGAGCUAGCUGAAAUAAGAUGCCUAGAGAUCAUAAGAAACACUCUUCACGGACUCAAAAUCAGUCGCACCCUACACCCUAUACCAAGCCCAGACCUCCAUCUCAUCCCUCCCAGCCUUUGGGCAAGCACGCAUCCUCCGAGCUCGACCUAUCCCAAGGAACGGCCGAAGCUGGUCCAUCGAAGUAUCUCAAUUCAAACGAGAGAAAGCGGGCGAGGAAGGAGAGACGUCGAUCAAAAUCGAGAGAUGGUCAAGCAGCUCAAGCAGACCUCACGGCCACUCCGGCGACAGGGGAUGGUCCCAGCUUCCAAGGCGGAGAAGGACAUUAUGGAGGCUUCGGAAAGCCGAAGAUUCUAUCAAAAGCUAAAUCUAUUCUGAGCCCAGCGGCCAAAGCAAACGGUGCGGAGACCUCCAUGGACUCUUCACCGACUCUCAUUACGACUCCCAAGCAUUUGAAGAAGAAGAUGAUAGUGGAUCCUGUGCCGGAGAAGCCAAAAGACGAUGUUAGGGUACAGUUACUGGAACGGCAAUUGAAGAAUAUGAGGAAGGAAACGGAGAAGGUGACGGGAGCUCUAAAUGCACAGAUCGCAGGUUUGAAGGAGGAGAUUCAGGCAUUGAAGAGUGUGGAUGUCGAGCAUCAAAAGGUCAUGGAAGAGAAGAAGAAGAUGCACGAUGCGCUCACUGAAGCGGUCACCUGUCAGAUCUGUUUCGAGCCAUUCAAUGAUCCUCAUAUUCUCACAUGCGGACACGUUGCCUGCAAGGGAUGCUUCAUCAGCUACUUUCGUUCUCCCGGAGCUUAUGCCACUCAUAUGGAAAACAUUGGCCCCGACAAAGAUCUCACACACUUUCGAAAACUGUGUCACACUUGCCGGGCACCCGUCGUCAAUCGACCAUCUAGAAUGUACGGUCUUGCCAGUAUUCUGGAGGCUCUAGGCCUCGAUGCCAACAUGCCUUCGCCAUCUCAAGAACGACCUGCGCCUGCGGAUGACCCUUGGCUCAUGUCGUUCCCUCCCGCCACAGAGGAUUACCGAUACAAAGAUGUGCAUGACAGUGUCUCUCGGUGUCGAGACUGCGGUGGAGAGAUCGACGUGGAUCAGUGUGUUGGAUGUGGAGCUGUCUUCAGCGAGCACGAGUCAAUGGCCGACAGUGAGGAAGAAAUGUGGGAUCUUGGACAUCCCUAUCAUGAUCCCGAUGUCACGGACUCGGAGGCUGAAGCAUCGAAUUCGGGAGCCGAGGCAGGCGGCGCCGCUCUGAGAAGACGUUUGAGGAGACGAGAUCAACGUCGACGGCGAAUGGCAGAAGGCGGCGACGAUAGUGAUGCCGACUCGGUCGUCGACGCAACAGCCGAGGAUAGACAAUUCCGACGCAUCAUGCGAGGCGAGGAAGCUGAGCCGUGGCAGGCGGAUGUCCUCAGGACGCUUGAAACGGGAAAUGUUCCGGCCCGGCGCCGCCGUGCGGCGUCGGAACCCGAAGAUUCGGAGGAAGAUCGACUACAAGGAUAUCUCCAACAAACCCGUCAGAGACGGGAUCAUCUUUUGGACCUCGUUGCGGACGUCGAUGCGCUGGGAGAUGAUGUGGAUUACCCUGAAGAUCCCGAUGACUCGGAUGAGCUGUAUGACGGGGAAGAUUCAGAGCAAUAUGAGGACAGUUUCAUCGACGAUGAAGAGGACUUGGGGCACGUAGAUGGAGGCUCUGACCAGGGCUCGGUACAGAGUGCCUCAAGCGCUUCAGAAGGGGAGAUCGAGGAGAUCGAUGUUGUCGUUGAUGAGCCUCGAAGAGCGGGACGACGAGGGGCAGGUCGAGCCAGGCGAAGGCUGUAUAAUGAUCCUGAUGAGGAAGAUGACUAGACUCGGUGCAGCGACAUCUCUCCCCCGCGAGACUCAUCUCAGAAGUACGGCUGCGAACCGGCAACACUGCAUCGUAUGAUUACCCCAGGCCCUCUGUAAAUUCACGCAUUUCUCCUACCAUGUCUGUCAUUCACACCCAUCUGUUCCAUACAAUCAUGUUCCAUGCAUUCCAACAUGUAUCAAAAAGUGCU